UGGUCUUGUGGUUGUUUUAAUAAUCAUAAUAAUAAAUUGUAAAGCGAAAUCGUGUUCGUAUUCUUAUAAAAAUUCAAAGAUUUUGGUGAAAAUGAGUCAAAAGGAAUUGGGCUUUGCCCCAGGGACAGUAAAGAUGGAACAAAAAGCCGAUGUGAAGAUUAAGUCCGAAAAAAAUGUACCAAUGAAGAAAAAUCAUCCGGGGGCAAAAAGACUGAAAAGGCGUAAGGGGAAAAAGCUCCCUGUAAAAGAGGCGGCAGUAUUUGAUCGAGAAAAGCAUCGGAAAAACAACAGUAAGCUGCAGAUUCCACUAGAUUCCGAAGUGUUAAUGCGACAUUCUCGCGGACAACGGUUGAACCUGGCUGGUGUGAAAACAAAGGUACAUAAAGUCCGGGAAAUGCGCAAGGAUAUCAACAUCGAGUAUGCUACAGAACAAGCUGCCCGAGCAGAAAUUCUUCUUGAUGAAGACCAUGGUUAUCUGGAAGCGGAUGAGGGAGAAAAUACGACCGAUGUCACGCAGAAAGAAAUCACGCAGCACGUGGACAUCACAACGGCAGCUAAGCACUUCAAUUUGUCCCUUGGCUUUGGCCCUUAUCGCAUGCGAUACACGAAAAAUGGCACCCAAUUGUUGCUGGGCGGACAGCGUGGUCAUGUCGCAGCAUUCAAUUGGGUUCAAAAGAAACUGCUGUGUGAAAUGAACGUGAUGGAAUCGGUCCACGAUGUUACUUGGUUAAUGAAUCAAACUAUGUACGCGGUUGCCCAAAAGAACUGGGUACAUGUGUAUGAUUCAAAAGGAGUUGAGGUGCACUGCGUCAAGACGAUGCACAGGAGUUUACGUUUGGAGUAUUUGCCCUAUCAUUUCCUUCUCAACAGUGCGAGUGAUAGUGGCUUUCUUUCGUGGAUUGAUAUUUCCAUUGGACAAAGUAUAGCAAACUACAAUGCCCGAAUGGGAAAGGUUACAGUAAUGACGCAAAAUCCAUGGAACGCGGUAACGUGCAUAGGAGGCAGUAAAGGUGUCGUCUCGAUGUGGUCGCCGAUGGUUCGCGAGCCACUUGCCAAGAUGUUGUGUCACCCGGUGCAGCUGACGGCGAUAGCAGUAGAUCCCAGAGGCAAUCAUAUGGCGACUGCCGGCUUGGAUAGAAAGGUAAAAAUAUGGGACAUACGGCAGUUGGAAGGUCCAAUAGAAACUUACCACCUAAAUACGGCUGCCUCCGGAAUAGACCUUUCGCAGCGGGGUCUAAUGGGACUUUCGAUGGGAAAUGUCUGUGAAAUUUAUCGCAGGUCCACCGAAGAUUCGGAAAAAAGCAACAUGACACCCUACAUAAGGCAGCGUACCGACGGCUCGAUAUCGAAUCUGCGAUUCUGUCCGUAUGAGGAUAUUCUCGGUGUGGCAACCGAAAAAGGAUUCACCUCGCUCAUUGUGCCCGGCUCUGGUGAACCGAACUUCGAUACUUUCGAGGCGAACCCGUAUCAGUCUAAGACGCAAAGAAGGGAGGAAGAGGUUCAUAAUCUGUUGGAUAAGGUACCAGCUGAGUUCAUUGCAUUGAAUCCUAAUCAAAUCGAUGAGGUAGACAUACCAUCGGCAAAGGCACGCCUCGAAGCGAAGGUUAAGUUGCUAACCUUGAAGCCCCCCAGGAUUGACUUUGAGCCCCGCGCCCGCACUGGCGUGUCAAAGGCGAAGCGCAUCAAAAUCAAGCAAAAUGUGAAGGAUGCCCGGUUUCGCCAGGCCGCCAAAGAGUUGCGUGAAAUUAAACAAACAAUAUUGGACCAAGAGAAGAAAUCUGAAACCCCCGACUUCGACGAGUCGACGGGUGUACUUGACCGUUUCAAAACGAAGAAAGUUAAAAAGUGAGGUUUUCUUAUAGCAUUACGUGUUAAUGUAUAUUUGUAUUGAAAUAAAUUCAGAAUAAAUAUCAAAAGAUCACUUGUA